AUGAAUAAUCAACGAAAUAAUAACGCCCAAGUGGAUGAUGAUGGUCGAGGACCAAACCAACCACGAUUCCAUCGUCCACGAAAUUUUUAUCGCAAACGACCUGGUAGUGGACGACAAAAUCAAGAUUUAGGUGAAGAUGAAAAUCGUGCAUCAAAUGAUGAUGACACACAACGAUCGAAUAAUUCUGAUGAUAAUAACAAUUAUGAUAAUGAAAAUACAAAUAAUUUUCGUGGUCGUGGUCGUGGUGGUUGGCGAGGUUUUCGACGUGGUCGUGGUCGAGGACGUUUUAAUCGUGGUAGACCAUUCUAUGGAAAUUUUCGUCGCGAUUUUUCACCUUAUUCAAAUUAUAUAAAUGGACCCGGAGGUAAUUAUGGACCAUCCGGUGGAUUCUAUGGCGCUCCAGCUCAAUUCUAUCGUCCACCGUAUCGUGGUCGUGGUUAUCAACCACCCGGUGGUUAUGGUCCAAGUGGUGAUCUAUCUGAACAAGAAGGUUUUAAUGAUUUUCCGAUGCGUGGUAGUAAUCGAGGUUUUCGUCGUGGUCGUGGACGUGGCCGAGGACGUGGUUCAGGGCGAGGACGAGUAUCACAAAAUGAAAAUGUUGAUACUUAUCAAAAAGAGAAUCAGUAUGAACAACAACAACAAGGUGAUAAUGCUGAAAAUAAUACGAAUAAUAAUGUACGACGUAACUCCAAUCGUCGUCAGCGUCGUAGACAGACCAAUGAUGAAGGUUCUGGUGCCGAACAGCAAAAUGAUGGUGCUGCUACUGAUGAUCAACAACACGAUGAAAAUAAAGGUUCUGUUCGUCAACAACGGAAACGAUCUAAUCGUCGACGACGUCGUAAUACCAAUGCCAGCCAAAGUGGUGCAGAAACUGAAGAACAACAAGCCCGUAAACCUAAAGAUGAUGAAACAAUAGUUAGAAAUGUUGUUCGUAACAUGGUUAGUAAAGUAGCUCGUCGUUUAGCACCAAGAAAUCGUCGACGAAGCCGAACUAAUAAUCAAGAAACUGGUGCAAAUAAUGAUUAUCAACAACAAGAUAACCAAGAUAAUACUGAUGUUGAUCAACCACAAACAGGAUAUCCACGCCGUGGUCGUGGUCGACGUGGUUAUCGAGGUGGUGGUUAUUUCAUGGAACAAGGCUAUUAUGAUCCAUAUGGCAUGUCACCAUAUUAUUAUGGUGCGUAUUAUGGUUAUGGUGGACGAGGAUAUCGUGGUCGUGGUCGUGGCCGUGGUGGCCGUGGUCGUGGGCGUUUCCGUCAACGAGGAUUUAAUAAAGAGAAUCAACAACCCCAUGAUGAUCAACAAAAUAACAGUGAAGAAGGAAAAAACGUAGAAUCAAAUUCAGCCGGUGAUGCUCCUCAAGCUCAACGUCAACAAAGUAAAACAACAAUCGCUGAACAAGUCAAUCAAUCUACAGCAUCUGGUGACUCCAGACAACAAUAG